CCUAUUUACACUUGUGCGCGUCAGGCUUUGUUUUCUUCCUGCUAUAGCCGCCUCGUAUCUUUAUCGCAAUUUGUCAGUUCGGCAUGGCUCACGUCGUUGCAGGUGUCGUAAGCCGCAGCUCUCUUUUAGGUACAGUAUCAAGGGAACGUGUGGCUCCGAAAUGCCUGCCACGCCGAGCCGGUGCGCCCUGCGUCCGGAUGCUGCCCACCCCGGCACGUAUAAUUGAGCACAACGUAGCCGCCCGGCGUAGCAUCAUCCUUCGUGCCAAAGUCCAGAAAAUCUCUGGGGAGGAGCUCGAGGUGGCUAUCGCUGGUCGUGACACCACCCUGAUCGUUGACUUUUUUGCGACCUGGUGUGGGCCUUGUCUUCUGCUGGCUCGAGAACUGGAGCAGGUGGCCGAGCAGCUGGAGGGCAAAGUGAAAGUGGUCAAGGUGGAUGUCGACGAGAAUCCCGAGCUUAGCAACCUACUGAAGAUCCAAGGUCUCCCCACGUUGGUGAUCAUACCCAAGGAAAACGGCAAACCUGCGCUGCGCACGGAGGGCCUGCUGCCAGCCGCGCAGAUUAUGGAGAUUGUGGCUCAGCUUGAGAGCGGAACCUUGCAGUCUCAACCCCAGCCGCCACAGGAGCAGCCGCUGUGAAUUUUCAUUGAAUUUGGAACAACAACAACAACAACAACAACAACAACAACAACAACGACAUCUAUCAUAGCCCUUCGCACCGAUGUAUUAUUUAUUGGUACAUCUGGGAAAAAUCUAGGUGGCAGCAGCAAAACAAAAGAAAAAACAUUACAAAACAGCCUUGACGAAAACAAUAAGUUGAUUGGCAUGCUUCUUUGUGAGCAUACGACGCAUGUCUUGUGCGUGUAAAGGUGUGUGGGCACGGACAGAUGAGCAAGCCCGCAUUUUUACACACCCUACUAAGGCGGGUGCCGUACAAUCAGUGUAGAUUGUGGAUGGCCGGAUCUUUGACUACGAGCUGAGGGGGGAAGGAUGCUCACAUCGGCAUUGGCCACAUCGUCCUAUAAACCCCACGUAGAUACCAUUUUCAACCAUCGCAACCAACAUGUGUAGCCCGUCCUAGGGGAGGAAGAGGAGUUAAGGCCCCUCCUUGAUGCUCGAGGAUGUGAAAGAAAGAAAACAAGGAACACUGCUGGGGGUGUCGUGGGGGGGAUGGGGUCAGGUACGGAUUGGAGAAGAACACAGCCCGAGAGCUCUUUUGGUUUGUGGUGUGUGUACGUUUGUGGUUUGGACCGAAUCCAGUUCACUAUCCCCGUGUAUUUGGUGUUGUGUUUGGCGGUAUGGUGUGUGUGUGUUAUGACGUGCAGUGUGGAAUAAAAAAAGCCGCGUGGCCUCUUUCGAGGAAACGUUUUUGUGAGGUUGCGUGUGGGGCGAAAGGGAGGUAUGGGCACGUAACAUCGCCUGUGGGGAUGUUGCCCCUUGGUAGUGCCGAACAGGGGUUGCUAUCCUGACCGUUUCAUAUGGUGGGCAUGUUAUUAAGAUUUGUCAGCUUGGCUUUUGUUGGUUGUUGUCAGUUCGCAAUGAGGAGGGUUACGGUACGGUGGCGUGGUGGCGUGAUGUGCAGUUAUCGCGGUGCUUGGCUGAGCGCCAGUUAACGGUGGAACUUUUCCCGCUUGCAAACCUCGCUAGGUUCCAAGUGCUCGAACGAAAGAGAAUGAAUUUUGAUUAUC